AUGGCGUCCACCGGCCCGUUUCCGCCGCCGCCGUACGGCGCGUCCGCCACCUACGGCGCAUCCCGCGUCGCCCCGCCAGCUCGUCCCGAUGUGCCGCACGGCUCGGCUCCAAUGCCCCAGCUCUCGUACGUUGCCGCCCCACCGCCGGCGCUCUCUGGCCAGUUCGUCGUUGCCCCGCCACCGGUGCCGACUCUGCCCGUCGACCCCUUGCUGUUGCGUGGGGCGUUCGACGCGCUUGUGUACGGGGCUCCCGGGUACUGGUGGGGGUCGUCAGCAGGCCCGCCCUCGCCCGCUGGGCAGCAGCCAGACGGCGCCCGGCACCUACAGCAUCUGUCAGCGGGCCAGCAGGUUUUUCCGGCGGGCCAUCCGGCCUACCCGGCACCGCAGUCGCAGCUAGGGCUACUUCCCAUACCGUCUGGCGAGUACCCACCACCGCAGCCGAGCGGCGGCUAG